GCGGCGGGCCGGCUCCACUGUCCGCGCUGUCCCUCGUGCUGUAUUGUAGUGCUUGUUACCUCGUUACCUGACGUCCGACAUGUCGCUCACCGCUAUUCUACAGCUGGCGACGGCGGCGCUGUGCGUGGCUGCACAAGCAGCGCCCCCCUCCUCGCCACACUUCUUUUCCGCUACACAUCGCCGCCACAUUAGUCCAUUAGAUUAUUACAUGGACAGUCCAGAAAUGGUAAAUUAUUACACGUUGGCACAACAGAAAAACGUGCCAUCGCGGGCGGCGCGGCUAGAGACCUUGGAGCCUGAUAGCGAGGUGGAGUUGGUGCCCGGCGUGCAACCCCCUCAGCAGCCCCUGCAGCCGCCCCAGCCUCCCGUAGCGGGCAACAUCCCCGGCCUGGUCCCGGGACAGCGGGUCUUCAUAGUGCACAUGCCGGUCCCGGGCUACAGGCCGGGUACUAUUGGAGGAUAUCAGCCCGUGUACAUCGUGGCCGCCGCGCCGCAGGGGCACUACGCUGGAGGCUACCAGAACACGCUGCUGGUGGAUCCCUCGAUGCAGGUGGUGUCCCCCCUGCAGCUGCGCGCCGCGCCCCCCGCACCCGUUGCACCCGUCGCGCCCGCUGCACAGCCUGAGCCCCCCAUGUUGCUCGGCACGCCACUCGGAUACAACGCAGUCAACUUUCUCUACAACUCUAAAAACUACAGGGGCGCAGCCAGCGCGCAGGGCCUAGCCGAGCAGGCGCGUUCGCCAGCCGGAGCGCAGCCGCCUGUAAACAACGCUCCGGACAAAGAAGCAGUGACAGGGUCGGAGGCGAGGCGAGUUGGGCACAAGGGAGGACACAAGGCGGAUCAUGAGGCAGGGCAUGAGACGGGCCAAUCGGGCAGCGAGGAGACGAGGGAGAGCCUCGAGGACGCCCGCCUCAGAGCAGAAGACGCCAGCAUGUAGCUUCUCCAUUGAUCUACUGCUUCAUAUGGCCUUCGUCAUUAUCUAUUUCAAACCUAAAUUAUUUUCUUCUGAUUCUCGAUCUUUCUUAACAACCAUUUAUAACUAAGAUAUUGGCGCAAAUAUUCCUUAAAAGGCUACUAGUGUUGUAAAUAAAAAUCCGUAGUAUAAAUAACCUCUGUAUGUUUUGAAACGUUUUGGGUUUAAUCGCAAUAGUUUACCAACUCAUGUAAAUCAUGUUAUUUGUAAAAAUAGUAAAAUAUUAUUAUACUUUGUAAAAUAAUUACAUUUCUAUAGGUUUAAAAAUAAACGAUUAUACAGGGUGUCACAGAAUGGUGCAAUAAUUAGACAGGGAUUGAUAUAUUCCACGAUGUAGAAUGUAGACUAAUUGUUUUAUAACAGCAAUAUUGUUUGUGUGCUGUAUGUAACCUUUGUUACUGUAGCUAUUUAAAUAAUAUCGAUUUGAUGGUG